AUGUUGAGGCGCUGCUCCAAACUCCUACAGACCAUAUACCGGCGGCAGGGUCAAAGUCUCCGCUUUAGGUCGUCAGAAGUCACCAGGAUCUGCGCUUCCCUGCCCAAAGAUGCCCUCACGAAGCCGAGAGUUCUAUCCAACACCCAAACAGCGUCCUUCCACUUCACAAACACUCUGUUAGCGGAACAGGAUGUCAUGACUCCAAGUUUUCCCGAUUCAGUAUCGGAAGGUGAUGUCAAGUUGGACAAGAAAGUUGGUGACGCAGUCGCCGCUGACGAAGUCGUGCUUGAGAUCGAAACAGACAAAACCGCUAUACCAGUGAUGGCGCCGGAUAACGGCAUCAUUAAGGAACUCUACGUCAAAGAUGGAGAAACAGUGAAGGCUGGGCAGAAGCUGUUCAGGCUGGAAAUCACUGGGGCGGCUCCGAAAAAGCCUGCCGCAGCGCCAGAACCUGCCAAGGAAGUGCCUCCGCCGCCUCCCGCUGCAGCCGCGCCACCCCCACCCGCGGCUGUACCCCCACCACCGGCCGCGGCCCCGCCCCCUCAGCAAGCUCCGCCGCCUCAGCAAGCUCCGCCAAAACCAUCAGCCCCAAUCUCAUCCAUCCCCGUAGCAGCUAUCCGUCACGCACAAGCAAUAGAAACAGCAUCAGUAAAAGUCCCUCCAUCAGAUUACAGUAAAGAGAUAGUCGGGACACGCAGCGAACAGCGCGUCAAGAUGAACAGAAUGAGACUGCGUAUAGCUGAAAGAUUGAAGGACGCGCAAAACACGAACGCUUUACUGACGACGUUCAAUGAAAUCGACAUGUCCCAUAUUAUGGCGUUUAGAAAGAAAAAUUUGGACGCUUUCACCAAGAAACAUGGAGUCAAACUUGGUCUAAUGUCGCCUUUCGUGAAGGCAUCAGCUACUGCUUUAAUGGACCAGCCAGUCGUGAAUGCCGUGAUUGAAGGAAACGAGAUCAUUUACCGCGACUACGUAGACAUAUCAGUUGCGGUUGCUACACCCAAAGGAUUGGUCGUACCAGUCAUAAGAAACGUACAUAACAUGACUUACGCUGACAUCGAGCUAAAUAUCGCCGAAUUAGCUGAAAAAGCACGAAAAGGCAGGUUGACGAUCGAAGAAAUGGACGGAGGUACAUUCACAAUCAGCAAUGGUGGUGUAUUUGGGUCACUAAUGGGUACUCCAAUCGUGAAUCCACCCCAAUCAGCAAUUUUGGGUAUGCAUGGCAUCUUCGAGCGUCCUAUUGCGUUGAAUGGUCAAGUUGUGAUACGUCCUAUGAUGUACAUAGCUCUGACAUACGACCAUAGAUUAAUUGACGGACGCGAAGCUGUUAUGUUCCUGAGAAAGAUCAAGGAAGGAGUUGAAGAUCCUGCAACCAUCAUCGCUGGUCUGUAG